CGCGCGGCAGUGACCCAAGCCACCCGGGCGAAGCGGGCGGCGCAGGCAGCGGCGCACGCAGAGGCGCACAAAGCCGGUUGGGCGCCGGUGCGCGGGCGCCCGGCGGAGGAUGCGCCGGGUGCAGUGGGCGGCUUUCCGUGGCCGCCCCCGCGCCCUGGGCGCCGGGCCUUAGUGCUGGCUGAGGAGGCGACGCGCGCGGGACGGCCGGGCGGUGGCGGGGCCCGCGCCGUCAUGCCGUGGCUGAGCGGUGGCCGGCGGCGACGGCGGGGACAGUCGCGGGAGGCCCAGCGGGAUCCGCCGCCUCCCGCGCAGCCCCAGCGGGAACCGCCGCCAGCGGCGUCCCCCGCCGUGGUCCCCGCAACCUCGGUGCCCUCCGCUCCGCCGCCGCCGCGGGCCCGGGAAAGCGCCGAGUUGCCGCUGCCUGCCGGCUGGGAGGAGGCGCGCGACUACGACGGCCGCGUCUUCUACAUCGACCACAACACCCGCCAGACGUCGUGGAUCGAUCCUCGCGACCGGAUAACAAAGCCACUGACCUUUGCUGAUUGUGUUGGGGAUGAACUUCCUUUAGGAUGGGAAACUGUAUAUGAUAAACAAAUUGGAAUUUAUUAUAUGGACCACAUAAAUAAGCUGACCCAGAUUGAGGACCCAAGAGAGCAGUGGAGGCGAGAGCAGGAACGGAUGCUGAAGGAGUAUUUAAUUGUAGCCCAGGAGGCUCUCAAUGCCAAGAAAGAAAUCUACCAGAUCAAGCAGCAACGGUUCGAGCUGGCUCAAGAGGAAUACCAGCAGCUGCACAAAUUGUGUGAGGACGACGGCCGCUCGUAUGCCAGCUCCUUCUCUGGAUAUUCAACAAAUACAAAGUAUGACCCACAUCAGAUUAAAGCAGAAAUAGCAAGUCGUCGGGAUAGGCUUUCCAGAUUAAAACGAGAGCUGACCCAGAUGAAGCAGGAGCUGCAGUACAAAGAAAAGGGCGUGGAGACCCUGCAAGAGAUUGAUCGGAAGAUGUCAAGUGCUCACACCAGCUACAAACUGGAUGAGGCCCAGGCUAUCAUGAGUGAGCUCCACACCAUCAAGAAAGCCAUUUGUACAGGCGAGAAGGAACGGCGGGACCUGAUGCAGAGCCUGGCCAAGCUUACUGACAGCUUCAAGAAUAGCUGCUCCAUUACCGACUCUCUGCAAGAUUUUCCUCACAGCACAGGCACGCUUGGUGACUCUGGCAUCCCUCAGCAGUUCUGUGAUGCUGGCUCUCAGACAGAUGCCAUGGGGGAGUUUGUCUUUGAUGAUAAAACAAGACUUGUAGACCGAGUAAGACUUAAUUGGCAGUAUGAGGAAGCCCGAAAGAGAGUCUCCAGUAUUCAGCAGCAGCUGGCCCAGCUUGCUAAUGAGUCAUGGCCAGGCAUGGCCGAGGCUGACAGGGACCGGCUGCAGCUCAUCAAAGAGAAAGAGGCCCUGCUCCAAGAGCUGCAGCUCAUCAUUCAGCAGCGGAGGUCAGCAGAAGAUGUGACACGGCUGGAAGAAGAGAGGAGGCGCCUAGAGGAGGAGAUCCAGCGUGCACGGGCCACAUCUGCACAGGGUGCCACAGAAAGAAUUCUACUUCAGGAAAAAAGAAGUUGUCUACUUAUGCAGCUGGAGGAAGCUACCCGCUUAACAUCCUAUCUCCAGUCCCAGUUAAAAAGCCUGUCUGCCAGCACCCUGACGGUGUCCUCUGGGAGCAGCCGUGGCUCCCUGGCUUCCAGCCGGGGCUCACUGGCCUCCAGCCGUGGUUCCCUGAGCUCAGUCAGCUUCACCGACAUCUAUGGCCUCCCACAGUAUGAGAAGGCUGAAGCUGAGUGUGGUCAGCUUCUACGCUUCGAUCUGAUUCCCUUUGACUCUCUGGGACGAGAUGUUCCCUUUGUGGACCCGCCAGGCCACUCAGGCUUCCAUAAGCAGAGGCGGUCCCUGGACACACCCCAGUCCUUGGCAUCACUGUCCUCUCGCUCUUCCCUGUCUUCUCUGUCACCCCCCAGCUCACCCUUGGACACGCCCUUCCUCCCAGCCUCGCGGGACUCACCUCUGGCACAAUUGGCAGAUAGCCUUGAGGUGCCAGGCCUUGGCUCCCUGGAUAGACUGCGAGCACAGGCCUCUGCCUUGGGAGAUGAAGAUUUGCAGGGUACAGUGUCGCUUCAGCCACAUGGAUUCUCGGGGGAAGGGGAAGGACUGCGUGAUCGGGGACUCCAAAUGGCUGCUGCUCCCACCAGUGGAACAGUGACUCUCCGGGAAGACAGUGCAAAGAGGUUGGAGAGGAGAGCACGCCGAGUCUCUGCAUGCUUGUCUGAUUACUCACUGGCCAGCGAUAGUGGGGUAUUUGAACCUCUAACCAAAAGGAAUGAAGAUGCUGAAGAGUCUGCUUUCGGAGACACGUGCAGUAACAACGAUCCCCAGAUCCACGUGGGAUUUCUGCAUGACAGUGCCAGUGAAUGUCUCCUUGUGCACGUGCUGCAGCUGAGAAACUUUGCCGGGCUGCUGAUGAAGGAAGACUGCAAGAUCCACAUUCGUGUCUACUUGCCCCCGCUCGACUCUGGCACUCCCAACACCUACUGCUCGAAGGCUCUGGAAUUCCAAGCUCCGCUGGUGUUUAAUGAAGUGUUCAGAAUCCCUGUGCAUUCCAGCAUGUUGACAUUGAAGUCACUUCAGUUAUAUGUGUGUUCAGUGAACCCACAGCUGCAGGAAGAACUGCUGGGCAUUGCUCAGAUCAACUUGGCCGACUGUGACAGUUCAAGUGACAUGCAGCUGCGCUGGUACUUCGUGCAGGUCUUUGCUAGUUCCGAGCCACCAAGGUCCAGGGAGUACUGGCGGGCUACCGAGAGUGCUGUGCAAGGUUCUGUGCAUCCUGGCCUUGGGAAGACGGAUGCAGUGACAGUGCUGCUGGCUAGAACUACAGCCCAGCUGCAAGCUGUGGAGAGAGAACUGGCCGAGGAGCGUGUGAAGCUGGAGUACACCGAGGAGGAGAUCUUGGAGAUAGAGCGGAAGGAGGAGCAGGCAGAGGCUGUGUCUGAGAGGAGUUGGCAGGCUGACUCAGUUGAUAGUGGCUGUAGCAACUGCACCCAGACCAGCCCCCUGUACCCAGAGCCAUGUUGCAUUGGUGUUGACUCCAUCCAUGGACACAAAUUUGCUGGCCAAGUGGAUCCUUACAGUCCUGAGAAACAUCAGCUCCUGCCUCUUAAGGUUGAUAAGGAAACCACCACAGAAGAUCUCUUCCCAGAAGAAGCCAUGAGCAUUGUGAAGGAGCGGCCCAGCCGCCGGACACGUGGCUCACCCUUUGUUCGGAGUAGCACCAUUGUCCGUUCACAGACUUUCUCUCCUGGAGCACGAAGCCAGUAUGUUUGCAGACUUUACCGUAGUGACAGUGACAGUUCAACGCUGCCCCGGAAGUCCCCUUUUGUCCGAAAUACUUUGGAAAGACGAACCCUUCGCUAUAAACAGUCCUGCAGGUCUUCUCUGGCCGAGCUCAUGGCUCGCACCUCCCUGGACCUGGAGCUGGAUCUCCAGGCAUCCAGAACGCGGCAGAGGCAGUUGAAUGAGGAGAUCUGUGCACUCCGUGAGCUGAGGCAGCGCUUAGAAGAUGCCCAGCUCCGAGGCCAGACCGACCUCCCCCACUGGGUGCUCCGGGAUGAGCGAUUCCGCAGCCUGCUGAAGGAAGCAGAGCGGCAGACUAGACAGACCAAGUUUGACUACCAUCAAGAACAAGCAGCUGAGAAGAUGCUGAAGAAGGCUUCCAAAGAGAUCUACCAGCUGCGUGGGCAAAACCACAAAGAGCCCAUUCAAGUGCAGACCUUUAGGGAGAAGAUAGCAUUUUUUACAAGACCAAGGAUUAACAUACCUCCUCUCCCAGCUGAUGACGUUUGAUAUAGUGCAUUGUGCACAUGAAGUAUUUAUCUGCCUGGUUUAUUUUCAUGAAGUUCUUAGAUUAGCUAAAUUUGUCUUUAAGAUAUUUGUGCAAAGCUAUUAAUAUACACAUUUUGUAAAAAAAAAAAACAUAUAUCUAUACAUAUAUAUUUUAUAAUAGUGACGGCAACAGGGCUUGGUUUUUCCUUGUUGUGAAAUCGACAUCUCUGAAGACAGGUUAUUUUAUAAAAGAUCACCUAUCAUGUUAAGAGUGUACAGUUUUAUGCUGGUUUAUUUGACUUAAUGGCUGGAAAACAGAAACGAAGUGAGUUCAGGCAAAUUCACUGUAUUGUAAUUUAUUUAUAGUACUUUUUUCCUUGAAGGAAAAUACUGACUUUAAGAUGUAUUUUAAGACUGAAAUUUUGUUCUUCAGUAUUUGUCAUGCAGUAGAGUGGAACUUGGGGCCGGUUUUGUUUCUGACACCCGAAACGCAAACACUAUGUGCUGAUAUUUGUCACUUGUAUCAGUUUCUCUUAGGUACAUUUACCAUGUAUAUUGUGUACACUGUCAUUCUCUUUGUGUUAUGUUAAAAUAUCAACUGUAGCAGUUCAGUCAUAAUUUGUAAUUCGCAAGCUAUGUUCACAAGCUGUGUAUGCGUUGCAGGGCUCAGUGUCCGACGUGUACUGGUCACUGCUGGCCCCUCCUUGCUGUGUUGUCGUCUAGUACAUCUUUCUGUGCUUAUGAUGAGUCUGAAGCUGUCGACAGAGCCUCCAGCGUUCCAGGUUUUAGCCUGCCUGUCUAUGGUGGCCCGUGGCUGUCCACACUGCCUGUGUUCAUCAGAGCAUAUGCAGCCCGCCUUUGCUACCUCCAAUUGAUCUGACAGAUGAGCAGGGUGGGGGUGGUCUCCAGCUCUACUACUGUUUUGUAAAGGAAAGUGACAGGGAAUUUGGUGUGCAUUUCCAGUGAGCUGAGGGUGAAUACAGAAGUUACUAAUGGCAGAGACAUAACCGUUGAAGGUGUUUUUUUGGUGGGGAGAAGGACAUGUGGGUAACUCAACUUACCCAGACAGUCAUUUACAGCAGUGUAUUUGAGUUAAAUCGGAAUGACCCCCAUAUUGAAGUCUACUCAGUAGUCCUCAUGAAAUCUUAAAACUAGCUCAUGAGGGGAAAAAAAAAACUUAAUGUAAAAGUAUGCCAUGAUUCUUUUAAAUAGCAAACGAUACAGUUUGCCUGGCGCAUAUUAUAUGUGCCAUGCGCUCUCCUUUCUGAGACCUUGAAUGAGUAAAUGAAGUGGUCACAGGAAGUGUCAAACAAAACAGAACUCUCUCUUCAUAGAUCUUUCUUCCCCUCCCUCAGAAAUGUCCCUCUUAAUCAGGUCUCUUUUCUAAUCAGUCUAUA